AUGAGCAAUGGCAUUUGGUCAACUGACUUGGGGUUCUUGGAGAGCCUUGAUGACAGUGUUGGAAGAGAAAAUGAUGUGAAUGGUACAAUGAAAGAGUUGGUUGAUUCAGUGAAAUGGCCGGGGGAUCUAGAGCCGCCUCGGGUUCCCAAAGGAUGGUCAAUGCCUACAGCUAAGAAUAAACUGAAGAUUGGGUUUCCAAGUGAAGCCUCUUUCAAGCAGUUUGUGAAUGAGAUUGAAAAAUUUUUGGAAUAUAGGGUACUUGCUGAAUUUGUGGAGAGUGAAAGCUCCUAUGAUGAACUAGUUGCUCGGCUUGCUGAUAAGUUUGGUUCUUCGUGCAUCGAUCUAAUCCAGAAUUCAGUGGCACAUGGAGGGAUUAGCUUGCCAAGUCGCUUUGGUUCACCUUCUGAGAAAGUUCAAAGCAACUAUACUCGAGUGGUGGUCGGGGAGUGGCUUUUUGUGGUGUUGAUCUUAACACAAAGUUACACUGCUAGCGAUAUUCUAUCACUCCGUCCAUCUACAGAUUUGGAGGAUUUGGCAUUCCAGAAAGGUUCUCCGAUAGCUGUAGAUGUAUCUGAUGCCAUUCUACAUCUAUCAGAAAAUGGCAAGCUGAAAGAAUUAGAAGAUAGACUGUUUACUCCUUCCUCUGAAUGUUCAACGUUGCAAAUUGCUGAAGACAAGGAUAGCUUGCAGAUUCAGAGCUUCUAG